GCAAUGUGUACCGGAACGACAUAAUAGAUGGCAUAAUUGUAGCCCGCUAGAUCACGCUAAAAUUAUUUGCUCCCGGUACGAAAUUGCAUCUGCCGCUUUGAGACUCUGAACAAAAUGGCGAGUUCUCUCCUGGCUGUGGGUAUUGGCCUUGCUGCUGUAGGCUACGCUGGUCGUUAUUUGUUCAGAAGAUUGCCGAAUUUAUCACAGAGAAUGGCAGAAACGGUGAAGAGGCUAGAUUCCGAGUCAUUAGCAAACAGCAAAUAUUACAAGGGUGGUUUUGAGCCGAGAAUGACAAAGCGAGAAGCUAGCUUGAUUCUGGGGGUGUCUCCCACGGCUAGUAAAGCAAAAGUAAAGGAUCAGUUUAAAAAAGUGAUGUCUGUGAAUCAUCCAGACCGUGGCGGUUCACCGUACGUUGCUGCAAAAAUUAAUGAGGCUAAGGAUAUGCUCGAAAAAUAAUGAGAUGAUAUUACAUAGUAUUUGUAAUAUAUAUAUAUAUAUUUGUAACAUGUAUAUAUACUUGAUUUAUAUGUAAUGUAUCUAGGAACCAAAUCCAUGUACACACAUGUGCGCAUGCGCAUAUACACAUACACCACCACACACACACACACAUACUCCAUUGUUAUUUUACUUUUAGAUUUUUCUUGUAAUAUAAUAAACAAACUGUUUUAGAACUGCAUAAUUAUGCUAAUUAAUGCAUUAUGUUAAUCUCAAAUCAUGUUCUUUUCUCGUCCAGAAGUUAAAGUUUUACAUUUGUGUAUAAACUGUGAGUGCUAUUUAUAUUAAAGUAUUAUAAAG